AUGUCCUCCUCCCAAGCACAAUCAUCACGGACUUACACCGACGCAAUCAACCUCCUAAACACCCUCAUCCCAAACCUCAAAGUCCACGCCCUCUUCAACAAACCAAAAGAUGCCGCUCCCGCCUCCGCAGCACCAGCAACACCAACACCAGACCCAAACCUCCUCGCCAUCCCCGAAAUGCGCGCCUGGCUCCUCCGCGCAAACCUCACCCCCGAACGCCUCGCCUCCCUCUCCUUCAUCCACAUAGCAGGCACAAAAGGAAAAGGCUCCGUAACAGCCCUCACGACCUCGGCCCUCCUCAACCACUCAUCCUCAUCCUCCUCGCCCCCUUCCACGACUUCGAUAGGCCCCAUAGGAACCUACACCUCCCCCCACCUCCUCACCCCCCGCGAGCGCAUCGCAAUCUCAAACACCCCCAUCUCCCAAACCCUCUUCGCAACAUCCUUCUUCGAACUCUGGGACGCCCUCUCCUCCUGCACCUCCCCCUCCGCCCCCGGCAGCAGCGCCAGCACCGCCGGGCCCGACCUCGGCAUCGAACCGGGCUCCAAACCCUUCUACUUCCGCUUCCUCACCCUCCUCGCCCUGCACGUCUUCCUCAAACUCCGCGUCCGCACCGUGGUGUUGGAAUGCGGCAUCGGCGGCGAGUACGACGCCACGAACGCCAUCCCACCCGAGGCGGUGACGACUUCGGUCAUCACGCAGCUGGGCAUCGAUCAUGUUGCGAUGUUGGGGUCCACACCCUCGCAGAUCGCGUGGCAUAAAGCGGGUGUGAUGAAACCCGGCGUCGCGACCUUCACGCGCAGGUUAUCCGAUGAGGCACACCCGGGCGUGAUGACCGCCCUCCGCUCCCGCGCGCGCGAAGUAGGCGCGGAGCUAAUCGAGGUCGACGACGAGGACGUCACUGCGUGGAGCGGCGUCAAGGACGCAAAGUUACCAGGCGGGGACUUUCAAAAGAGGAACCAGGCUCUCGCUGCGCUGGCUGCGAGGCGGCACAUCCAGGUCCUUCAAGCCCGAGAAGCGGGGUCAAGCACGGUAGGAAAGGCGAAUCGUUCGCUGGCGGAUGUCCCCGGAGUCAUCAUCGCCGGUCUGCGCGAGGCGACGCUCCGCGGCCGGCACGAAGUCCUCAGACAGGGCGGUGUAUCGUGGUACCUCGACGGCGCGCACAACGCGGAUAGUCUGGCCGAAGUAGCGCGCUGGAUAUCACCCAUCGUCACCGCCACGACCUCCUCAGACACCGCUCACGACGACGGAGAAAGUUUCGUCCUCGUCUUCAACCAGCAAGAGCGCGACGCCUCCGCCCUCCUGACAGAGUUCCUCCGCCAGAUGAAGACCCUGGGUGUCGACCUCGAGACGCGGCUGGCUGCGGCCGUCUUCACGAGGAACGACAAGGCUAACAUCGCCGGCGAGGGCGGGGAGGUAGAUCUCAGUGUUCAGCAGGCGUGUGCUGCGGCGUUCAGGGAACUGUAUCCUGCUACAAAGGUCGUGGUGUGCAGGGACCUGACGGAGAUGAAGAGCGCCGUCGAUGGCGUCGCGGAGCCAUCGUCGGGGACAAACGUGCUGGUUACGGGGAGCAUGUAUCUCGUUGGAAACGUCAUCGGCUUCUUGGAGCCGGAAAAUCUAUUGUAA